UUGUCAUUUUUUGAUCAACUUGUUUUUUUGUUUUUCUUAUUAAAUUAACUCGAUUUCACAAUUAGUGUUAUAAUUUGAUUGAUUUAGUGUUUUAAAACAUUCUGAAAGGAUCAUGGUUCAAGCUGAUAAACUAAGUAAACCACCAAAACCAAAUCAACAACGAAAACAAGUGAAACAGGAGAAACAAGAGAAACAACAACAACCACAAUUAGAUGAACAGCCACCGAAACAAUCACAGAAAUUACCACCUCAAGAGACUAUUGGAGUUGUCCGUGAAUUUCAAAUUGUAAAUGGACAAUUGAAUCCCCUUUUAAUGAAGGUUGGCCUUCGGAUGAAUUCUGGCACUAUUACAGGUUCAACUCAGCGAUGUGUCGCCAUGUUAUUAGCAAUUAAACAAAUGGUCUCAGAUCAUGUUACACCCAAGAAGAAAGAUUUCUCCAGGAGUUUCGAUGCCGCUUUGAAUAUGAGUGUUAAAUUUCUGCGACAAUGUCGACCACUUUCAGUUAGUAUGGUGAAUGCAGUAGCGUUUAUCAAGUUAAAUUUGACCAAAAUUCCGUCCACCGUUGCUGAACAUGAAGCAAGGGAACAUAUGAGAAACUUGAUUGACAAUUAUAUAACUAAAGGAAUUGAUUUAGCAGUUAAAGCGAUUACAAAAGACGGAGCUUCCAAAAUUGACCGAGAAGGUGAAGUCAUCUUAACCUAUGGAAAUCCAUUGUUAGUGAAAAAUAUUCUCCAUAAAGCUUACAUGGAGGGUAAAAAUUUCCAUGUGAUAAUUGUUGAUGCUCGACCUCGAAUGGUAGGAAAGGAUCUUCUCAAGGAUUUAGUUUCUCUGGGAGUGCAAACAACUUAUAUACAAAUCAAUGCAAUCGCUCACAUAAUGAAUAAGGUGACUAAAGUUUUCCUUGGUGCUCACGCAAUGUUAGCCAAUGGAUACGCUAUGGCGAGCAUUGGAAGUGCCUUAAUUGCUCUGGUCGCCAAUUCUUUCAAUGUUCCAGUUCUGGUUUGUUGUGAGACCUUCAAGUUUUCAGAAAAAGCGCUUCUAGAUUCUUUCGCUCUCACUGAAUCAGGUUUAUCGGAAGAUUUUUUCCAAACUGGUAAUCAACGGAAAUCCGAUAAAGAAAACAAAGACGAUUCGAAGAAAAAUAAAGUGGCCCUUUUGAACCUUUCAUACGAUUUGACACCUCCAAGUUUCAUCAGCAUGGUGAUCACUGAGAAAGGUUUUCUCCCAUGUAGCUCAGUGACCGCUGUGAUUCGUAAUAAUAGUCGAAAAAUUCCUGAAUUUCAAUAAAUUAAUUUGAAAAACAAACUAA